CUCCCUCCCUCUCUCUCUCUCUCUCUCUUUCUCACUCUUUGUUUGUCUCUUUCUCCCUCUCUCUCUCUCUCUCUUUCUCGCUCUUUCUUUGUCUCUUUCUCCCUCCCUCUCUCUCUCUCUCUUUCUCACUCUUUCUUUGUCUCUUUCUCCCUCCCUCUCUCUCUCUCUCUCUCUCUUUCUCGCUCUUUCUUUGUCUCUCUCUCUCUCUCUCUCUCAUUAUUUCCCUCAUUAUAUCUCUACCCAUAAGGCAUAGCUGUUUUCCCCCACACACUCACAAACACAUCCUUGAAAAAAUAUAAAAAGUUGCAGUGCUGUUAUGUCACUUUCAGUGGAAACGGUAUUUUUCUCAGAGAGAAAGCUAUACUGUAGUAAAUAGUCUCUGAAGGUUAUUAGUAGGAUGAUAUGAAUAUGCUGUGUUCAUCCUCUCCGACCGAUGAUGGAUUUUUGAUCCUUUAUUUUAACAUGGAGGACACAUUGAGACUUGAAUGGCUUUUUCUCCAGUGCCUUGAACAGGAAACACCAAAGGGAAGCAAACUUCAAAGCCUGUUGAAAGCAUGGCUUAAAACCUUAUCCCAGCCAUCACCUAAACCCAACCCUAACCUGACAAUAACACCUGCAGUGCUGACUGAGAUUGAAGAGAAAGGCUUUGACAAUAAUAGAAGAGAAUAAUAAUUGCUGCCCAUCUGUUACAAUGGAAACACGGUUUACUCUGCUCCCACAACACAUGCCACAGGAACAGUUUUUGGAGGUUAAGUGUCUUGCUCAAGGGCACAAGGGUGAUGGAUGGGGCUUGCCCACAUUCUUUAGGCUACUUCUCUAACCUCUAAGCUACCUAUGUUUUUUAUACUCUUUAGGGCUGUUUUCUAGUCAGAAGACAUCCUGGAACAGAAGACAUCCUGAAUAGGUUCUUAUUUUGAUGUUCUGAUUGACAUCUCCGUCUUUGCUAAUAACUUCUUUAUUGAGGAAAAAUGCACCUACUACGAGUGUGAUAUGUGGUUGUCUCACCUAGCUAUUUUAAGAUAAGUGGCUUUUUACCCUCAGAUCCUGAAGCUGUGUCCAAAGAAGAAGAGUUCAGCAGCCUACACCUUCUGUAAAGCCCUGGGCCUCCUGGGCAUGCACUUCACACUGUUUGAGAACGAGUACUACCCCCAUGGCAUCACCAUCAUCUCACCCUUUGGCUCAGACAAGAAGCAGGUGCUCAACUUCUGUGCCCAGAGCGCCGAGGAGCUGCUCAAGUUUCUAGAAGAUCUGAAGGAGUCCAUUGCUGAGGUGUCAGAGAUGGAACAGAUACGCAUUGAAUGUGAGUACUGUGUGUGUGUGCGUGUGUGUGUGCGUGUGUGUGUGUGUGUGUGUGUGUGUGUGUGUGUGUGUGUGUGUGUGUGUGUGUGUGUGUGUGUGUGUGUGUGUGUGUGUGUGUGUGUGUGUGUGUGUGUGUGUGUGUGUGUGUGUGUGUGUGUGUGUGUGUGUGUGUGUGUGUGUGUGUGUGUGUGCGCGCUCCGUUGCUCCAAACUCAGGUGAAGAGGGAGGGGGAAAAAAGAAACAGCUCAUGCAAAAUAAUGUAUGAAUCAUCCAUCCCUCCACCCGCACAGAAAUUCUCUUUCAUUUCUCAAAAAGGAGAAAAGUAAAUUGGAAUCAGGGUGCCGCAGGCUUAUUUACACAAGUGCUAACAACGGGGAGAGGAAGAUGUCAACAGUCUAUCUGUCUGUCUACGUGUGUGUGUGUGUGUGUGUGAAUGUCUUUGUAUACGUUGAUGUCAUUACAUAACCAAACUGUGUUCAUGCUCAUAUUCCUCCUAGUACCCAAACAAAUGACAUUACUGUAUCUCUAACAUCAACGACAACACCAAAGAUACAAGUAGUUAUGCUCCCAAUACUGAGAUCAUACACUCUGUUCUGAUGCGUUUCUGAAAAACAAGAGUCAGGGAACGGUUGUGUUUCUAUUCUGCCUGGGGGACUCGGGACGUGUGCAUGUGCAUGUGUGUCUGUGUGUAUGUGUCUACCUGAGUGUGUGUGCAUGUGUGUCUGAGUGUGUGUGCAUGUCUGCCUGAGUGUGUGUGCAUGUCUGCCUGAGUGUGUGUGCAUGUCUGCCUGAGUGUGUGUGCACGUCUGCCUGAGUGUGUGUGCAUGUCUACCUGAGUGUGUGUGCAUGUCUACCUGAGUGUGUGUGCAUGUGUACAAGUUUGUGUUUAAUUGUUUAUUAUUUGGUUAUAAGGAUCCCCAUUAUCUUUAGCAGAGGCAGAAGCUACUCUUCCUGGGUUCCACAAAAAGCACUAUAAACAUGACACUGAUUCACUGAUAGACAAAGACAGUCACACACAUUUAAAAUACAACCACAUACAAGCAACACAACUAAAAGUGUCUCUCUGUGUGUGUCCCCUCACAGUCCCCUCUGUUCCAUGAGAUGUUGUUUAAUCAGUUUUUAAAGGUUAUUUUGCUGUUUGCUGAGUAAAUGGAGAUGGAAGAUAGUUCCAUGUGAUCAUGGCUCUGUAUAAUACUGUAUGUUGCCGUGAAUUUGUUUUGGACUUGGGGACUGUGAAGAGACCACUGGUGGAAUGUCUUGGGGGCUCUGAAGAGACCCCUGGUGACAUGUCUUGGGGACUGUGAAGAGACCCCUGGUGGCAUGUCUCGGGGACUGUGAAGAGACCCCUGGUGGCAUGUCUCGGGGACUGUGAAGAGACCUCUGGUGGCAUGUCUCGGGGACUGUGAAGAGACCUCUGGUGGCAUGUCUUGUGGGCUAUGUAUGGGUGUCUGAGCUAAAUGUUAUUUGAUUAUGCAGACAAUCUGGAAUUUCCACCACAGUAAUAUUUCUCAUAGAAACAAGAGAAGCAGUAAUCUCUUAUCAAUCCUCAACCAGGAAAUACUAGCACGCAUAUUGUUGAUGUUAGCUCUCUAUGUGCAAGGCGUGCUGCUCUGUUUUGAGCCAGCUGCAGGUUUGCUAAUUCUUUCUUGUUAGAGCCAGUAAAGGGUGCUUUACUAUUUGUAGGCAGUGGAAUUACUUUAGCUUCCUCCCACGCCUUUGGACACACACACACACUCCUUUAGGCUUUGGUUAAAGAUAUAGCAAAUCAGGGUGGCAAUACAGUCUGCUACCUGUGCAUGUGUGUGUGCGAGCGCGCGCGCCCAUGCGUGCAUGUACAGUAUGUGUGUUGUCGUAUCGUCAGCAUCUCCCUGGGCAGCGUUGAUUUCUUAUCAGUCUUACCCUGGGAUUAACCCUGGAGGUUUCCCUGCCUUGCCUGUCUGACAGUGCCUUGAUACUCUGUGAGAGGAUAAGUACAGAGAAACAAGUCCCCACUGCAACACAGAUUUAAAGGUUGAACACAUUAACAAGGAGAAGCUAGAGGCUUGGGUCCAACAGAGAGGAGCGAUCAGGAAGAAACAGUGCUGUUGGGGCUUACUGACCAAUACUAAGGAGAGAAAAAUGGCCAUACAGGCACACAGCCUUUUUAAACAGGCAUACUGAUUCACAAAUCAACCCGGUGUCUGCCCCUCCUCCUGUUUGUUGUGAUGCAGAGUUUGCCGACUGUCAGCUGUAUGUAAACACAUGGACAAAUCUAUUUUCGACUCUGUGUGCUGUUGAAAGGUAAACACUAAUUGUUUCAAGCUAACGUUAGCGAACAUAAGAUGGACAUUCAGUGGGCUCUAAAGUGCCAGCAGUUCACUCGCAUUUGCUAGUGAAAGAUAUUAAAUGCAAAUACGAAAAUAACUGGUCUCAUUUGUGCGAGUGUGAUAUUUCAUUAUGCGUCCCAUUAGUUGUUUUUUUCCCACGUAGCAUUACGAUAAUCACGCAACCUGAUAGACUGUAACUAUAAUCCACGUCACAAAAAGCAUUACAAAAGUAUAAUCCAAAAUAAAUAGAACCAUCUUGGCAUUAAAUGGAGUCGUGAGUUUAGAAGACUGCGCGAUGAAGAGUGAAUGAGUGUCUGGUAUUAGCUAUAGAGGCAAUGCUUCUAACAUGCCGUUGCACCAGAUUUGAGAUUUGAUCAAUUUCCAAAAUCUGAAAUGAUGUACUCGCUGCAAAGAAAGACCAAGGGCACCUUUACAUCAGCUGAAACAGCGGUCUAGCGAACAGCCUAGUGAAGUUUUGUGUAGCCAGUUUGCGGUCUGUGUCCAUGCGAUCAAUUGUUUUUGUUUUUAUGUUUUCAAAAUGAUUUAGCUUUUAGUGUUGAUUAGGAACCGUGUCUAAAAAGCCAAUAGUUGUGAACUGGCCCUGGUGAUUGGCCCUGUUUGAGAGGUGACAAGCGUUCCUCUAUUAUAAAGACUAAACUUGGGGGCAUGUGCUAAGAAAAACAUUAUAGAUAAUUAUUUCCAUUCUACACUGUACGGGUAAUGGAAUGAACAUACUGACAGUCUGUGCUAAUUCCACAAAACAUAUAUUUCUUUUAUAUGUUCUGUACUUAUCAGUAUGAAUAUUUUAGUUCUGUUUUGUAAAUAGGUUUUCAGAGGACUGAACCAGGUGUGGUCCAUAAUGUUUGUCUAAGCACGUGUUGCUCAUGGAAAACAAGUAAGCGUAGGUCCCAAACAAAAUAGCAGCUAAUUCAGCAAAUCAUUAUUGUUGCAGCCAGUCAGUAAAGCUGUCAGACAAUAAGAGAGAGGAGACUGAAAGAAACAGACAGCGCAGCGGGGAUAAGACGCUUGUACAUUUUGUAUCUAACAAAUAACUUGUUAUUAUUUGUUUAAUACAUUUUUUUAAACUCCAAGAAUAAAGGCCCUUUGUGUGUCCUUUCUAUUUCUGUCUUGUUAGUGACGUUGACCAUGUGUGUACAUGGAAUACUGUCAGGAUAGAAAGUAUUCCUACUUUGAAUGGACUUGAUUUGGUACAAUUCUAAAAUUGCGAUCAGACUCACAAACAGCGUGUGCACGAGCGUGGGGGGGAACCCAUUUCGGCAUGUGUUAUGCGCUCCAGUUGAAUCUCCAAUUUGCCGGGCGCGUCUGGUACUCUAAAAGGUUGGACAGGGUUGGCAUGUAUGUGUUUGUCUCCCAGUCUGACUCCUGACAGAGACCUUGGCCACUGACCUUUUGUUAGUGUUCUCUGGUGCAGUGCAGCCAAACACUCUGGACAAAACAAGAACAAAGGAGAGGGCAGCUCUCCUGAAAGCAGCCAGGCAGAAGAGAUGGGGAGGAGAGUGGUGUUUGUGUUUGUGUGUGUGCUAGUGCUUGUGUGUGUGUUUUGCGGGUUUGUCUGUUUGCUUUAGGGAAGUCACACAUGCAUACACACUAGCACGGAUGCAUGCAUAUGUGCACACACACACACACACACGCAUACACACUAGCGUGCACACACUAUCUCACACACACAUGCAUACACACAUAGGCACCUGAUAUAAUAAUAAACAGAUUGCAUUUUGCACCCCUGUCUCCACAAGAUUAAUGUUUUUGGUUUGAAAGUUUUGCUUCACCCCCGCCACAGUAGUUGCACCACCGGUGUAUAAAAUGAAAAGGCAAAAAGCUAUGAUCGCUUAUUGAUCUGACCUGUUAAAUCCACUUCAAUCAGUGUAGAUGAAGGGAAGAGGCAGGUUAAAAGAGGAUUUUUAAGCUUCGAGACAACUGAGACAUGCAUUGUGUAUGUGUGCCAUUCAGAGGGUUAAUGGGCAAGACAAAAUAUUGAAGUGCCCUUGAACAGGGUAUGGUAGUAGGUACCAGGCGCACCGGUGUGUCAUGAACUGCAACCACAGGAGGUUGGUGACACCUUCAUAUGGGAGAACAGGCACUGGAGUGGAAUUAGUGGAAUGAUAUCAUAUACAUCAAACACAUGGUUUCCAUGGUUUCCAGGUGUUUGAUGCCAUUCUAUUGGCUCCGUUACAGUCUUUGUUAUGAGCCGUCCUCUCCUCAGCAGCCUUCACUGUCUGCAACGCUGCUGUGUUUUUCACACUCAACAGUUUCCCGUGUGUAUCAAGGACAGUCCACCACCCAAAGGACAUCCAGCCAACUUGACACAACUGUGGGAAGCAUUGGAGUCAACAUGGGCCAGCAUCCAUGUGGAAUGCUUUCAACACCUUGUAAAGUCCAUGCCUCGAUGAAUUGAAGCUGUUUUGAGGGCAAAAUGUUUGGUACACUCAGUGUAUGUAGCCUAUUCACUAUGGUUGUUGUACAAAAGGCCACUACUGGAAUGGCUACAGUAGAAUCAUUUUUGUUCAAAAUGUGUGGUUUUAAGAACAAAAAUGUGUGGUUUUAAGAACCAAAAUGUGUGGUUUUAAGAACAAAAAUGUGUGGUUUUAAGAACCAAUAUGUGUGGUUUUAAGAACCAAAAUGUUUGGUUUUAAGAACAAAAAUGUGUGGUUUUAAGAACCAACAUGUGUGGUUUUAAGAACCAACAUGCAAUUCCAUGACGUAUGCAGUGCAGUGCUUUGUUUCUAUUCGUCAAAUGUGCCUACACAAUAACAACACAUGUGGCUACACAAUAACAACACAUGUGCCUACACAAUAACAACACAUGUGCCUACACAAUAACAACACAUGUGGCUACACAAUAACAACACAUGUGGCUACACAAUAACAACACAUGUGCCUACACAAUAACAACACAUGUGCCUACACAAUAACAACAAAUGUGCCUACACAAUAACAACAAAUGUGCCUACACAAUAACAACACAUGUGCCUACACAAUAACAACAAAUGUGCCUACACAAUAACAACAAAUGUGCCUACACAAUAACAACAAAUGUGCCUACACAAUAACAACAAAUGUGCCUACACAAUAACAACAAAUGUGCCUACACAAUAACAACACAUGUGCCUACACAAUAACAACACAUGUGCCUACACAAUAACAACACAUGUGCCUACACAAUAACAACACGUGACUACACAAUAACAACACAUGUGCCUACACAAUAACAACACAUGCAGGCUGUAUAUGAGUAGCUCAGGAAAUGGUAAUGAAGGAAAAGGUUGAAGGCCUCUGCUCCAGCCUGUUCAAAUAUGACCCUUAUUACUGGAGCUACAUGUUAUUCUUUCUAUUGCACAUUCCGCGCCGCAAUUUAUGGAAAUAUAUAGCUGCCCCAAAAAUCUAGUUUGAUAAUAAUGAUAAAUGAAUAAUAUGUUUGUAAUAUUGUGAACAUGAUCAAUGACCAAAUAAAAAAGCUUAACUCCAGUUUCAGACUUAUCAAUGAAUUAUUUGAGGUGCGAUUUUCAGGGGAGUAGAUUAGUAAUCUAGUCAUUAAAACACUUUUUCAAUAUCAUUUAUUGUGGCAAAACCUAAGAAAAAUAGUUGUGUUUUGUUCAUAAAAAUGGGUUCCUCCUGUUAAGAAACAGCUUUGAAUUGCAGGAAAACUGUUUUAAAAGCUUUUGCACCCCCAUUUUCAGACAAAGUCAAGCGCCAAUGCAUAAACACAUACACUCACACACAAUCACUGGCACACACACACACACAGUCGACAUCUUCCCCUCCCCUACGAAGGAGCCCCAUUGUUAGCACUCGUGUAAAUAAGCCUGCGGCAGCCUAUUCCAUUUUUUUAUUGUUUAUUUCUCCUCUUUGAGAAAUGAAAGGGAAUUCCUGUGUGGAUGGAGGGAUGGAUGAUUCAUACAUUAUUUUGGAUGAGCUAUUUUUUUUUUUUCAUCCCUUUUUUCUCUCCGUUGGACUGGAGAUACGCUGGGAGAUGUUGCUGUGACUCAAAGGUCACCUGAGUUUGGAGCAAGGAGGCACACACAUUCACACACACACACACACAUGCACAGACUCACUCACAAACACAGAUGAAAAAGCAGACACACACAACACUUCCUACUAUUUCUCAUGAGGAAGAAACUUGAAAAAGGACUAAACUAUUCUGCACAGUCAUCCUACUAGAGUACAGCUGCAGCAGAAUUAUAGAACCAAGCAGUCAGUGGAGACACGACAACAUUUAGCCGUCGCCAAUGGAAAUGACAGGCAAUCAUCAUCAACCGCAGAGCGGAAUUGGAGCGAUAGAGAGUAUGUUUACGUCCCAAAUGGCAGCCUAUUCCCUAUGCAGUGCACUACUUUAGACAAGGGCCCAUAGGGAAUAAGGUGCCAUUUGGGACACAGUGUAGAGUUGAGUGACUCUAGGGAGGAGGUAGAGGACUCGCCCCCACUUGCUUUUCUGUUUGUCUGUCUCUGUCACCUGUCUAUCUCUCUUUAUGUCUGUCUGUCUGUCUGUCUGUCUGUCUGUCACUGUCUCUGUCUCUACUGCUGUCACCUGUCUAUCUCUCUUUAUGUCUGUCUGUUUAUCACUGUCUCCGUCUCUACUGCUGUCACCUGUCUGUCUCUCUUUAUGUCUGUCUGUCACUGUCUGUCACUGUCUCCGGUCUCUACUGCUCUCACUGUCUGUCUCUCUUUAUGUCUGUCUGUCACUGUCUGUCACUGUCUCCGUCUCUACUGCUGUCACUGUCUGACUCUCUUUAUGUCUGUCUGUCACUGUCACCGUCUCUGCUGUUGUCACUCUGUCUGUCUCUCUUUAUGUCUGUCUGUCACUGUCUCUGUCUCUGCUGCUGUCACUCUGUCUGUCUCUCUUUAUGUCUGUCUCUCUUUGUCUGUCUCUGUCUCUGCUGCUGUCACUCUGUCUGUCUCUCUUUAUGUCUGUCUGUCUGUCUGUCUGUCACUUUCUCCGUCUCUACUGCUGUCACUCUGUCUCUCUUUAUGUCUGUCUGUCUGUCAGUGUCUCCGUCUGCUGCUGUCACUCUGUCUGUCUUUCUUUGUCUGUCACUGUCUCCGUCUCUGCUGUUGUCACUCUGUCUGUCUCUCUUUAUGUCUGUCUGUCACUGUCUCUGUCUCUGCUGCUGUCACUCUGUCUGUCUCUCUUUAUGUCUGUCUCUCUUUGUCUGUCUCUGUCUCUGCUGCUGUCACUCUGUCUGUCUCUCUUUAUGUCUGUCUGUCUGUCUGUCUGUCACUUUCUCCGUCUCUACUGCUGUCACUCUGUCUCUCUUUAUGUCUGUCUGUCUGUCAGUGUCUCCGUCUGCUGCUGUCACUCUGUCUGUCUUUCUUUGUCUGUCACUGUCUCCGUCUCUACUGCUGUCACUGUCUGACUCUCUUUAUGUCUGUCUGUCACUGUCACCGUCUCUGCUGCUGUCACUCUGUCUGUCUCUCUUUAUGUCUGUCUGUCUCUGUCUCCGUCUCUGCUGCUGUCACUCUGUCUGUCUGUCUGUCUCUCUGUCUGUCUGUCUGUUUCCCUUGCACAUGCUGUUCCCUCUGUCUCUCUCUUUUUGUCUGUCUGUCACUGUCUCCGUCUCUGCUGCUCUCACUCUGUCUGACUCUCUUUAUGUCUGUCUGUCUGUCACUGUCUCCGUCUCUACUGCUUUCACUCUGUCUGUCUCUCUUUAUGUCAGUCUGUCUGUCUGUCACUGUCUCCGGUCUCUACUGCUCUCACUCUGUCUGUCUGUCUGUCUGUCUGUCUGUCUGUCUGUCUGUCUGUCUGUCUGUCUGUCACUGUCUCCAUCUCUACUGCUGUCACUCUGUCUGUCUCUCUUUAUGUCUGUCUGUCUGUCUGUCUGUCACUUUCUCCGUCUCUACUGCUGUCACACUGUCUCUCUUUAUGUCUGUCUGUCUGUCUGUCACUUUCUCUGUCUGCUGCUGUCACUCUGUCUGUCUGUCUGUCACUGUCUCCGUCUCUACUGCUGUCACUGUCUGACUCUCUUUAUGUCUGUCUGUCACCGUCUCUGCUGUUGUCACUCUGUAUGUCUCUCUUUAUGUCUGUCUGUCACUGUCUCUGUCUCUGCUGCUGUCACUCUGUCUGUCUCUCUUUAUGUCUGUCUGUCUCCGUCUCUGCUGCUGUCACUCUGUCUGUCUCUCUUUGUCUGUCUGUCUGUUUCCCUUGCACAUGCUGUUCCCUCUGUCUCUCUCUUUAUGUCUGUCAGUCUGUCUGUCACUGUCUCCAUCUCUGCUGCUGUCACUUUGUCUGUCUCUCUUUAUGUCUGUCUGUUUCCGUCUCUGCUGCUGUCACUCUGUCUGUCUCUCUUUAUGUAUGUCUGUCUGUCUGUCACUGUCUCCGUCUCUGCUGCUGUCACUCUGUCUGUCUCUCUUUAUGUCUGUCUGUCUGUCUGUCUCUGGCUCUGCUGCUGUCACUCUGUCUGUCUCUCUUUAUGUCUGUCAGUCUGUCUGUCUCUGGCUCUGCUGCUGUCACUCUGUCUGUCUCUCUUUAUGGCUGUCUCUGUCUCCGUCUCUGCUGCUGUCACUCUGUCUGUCUCUCUUUGUCUGUCAGUCUGUCUUCCUUGCACAUGCUGUUCCCUCUGUCUGUCUCUCUUUAUGUCUGUCUGUCUCUUUCUCCGUCUCUGCUGCUGACACUGUCUGUCUGUCUGUCGGUCUGUCGGUCGGUCUGUCUGUCUGUCUGUCUGUCUGUCUGUCUUUAUGUCUGUCUGUCUCUUUCUCCGUCUCUGCUGCUGACACUCUGUCUGUCUGUCUGUCUGUCUGUCUGUCUGUCUCCGUCUCUGCUGCUGUCACUCUGUCUGUCUCUCUUUGUAUGUCUGUCUGUCUCCCUUGCACAUGCUGUUCCCUCUGUCUGUGCCCCUGUCACUCAUUCUGUGUCUCUCUUUAUCUUCCUCUCACUCUCUCUCUAUCUCUUCCGCUGUUGUUGUCUAUCUGCCUCUCUCACUGUAUGUCUCUCAGUUGGUGCUUCUGUCUCUUUGCCCGUCUCAUCGUCUUCCCCCCCCCUCCCUCUCUCUCCCCAUCACCACUCUUUCUCUCAGCCUCACCCAAUUUCUCCCUCCCUCUUAUUCUCUCCUCUCUCUCUCUUUCCUUCCAACCCAUCCCUCCCCUACACACACACACUCUCUCUCUCUCUCUCUCUCUCUCUCUCUCUCUCUCUCUCUCUCUCUCUCUCUCUCUCUCUCUCUCUCUCUCUCUCUCUCUCUCUCUCUCUCUCUCUCUCUCUCACACUCUCUCUCAC